AUGUCUGGACGCAUCGCUUCCACGCAGUCUUUCGCCCCAGACCACAUCUCGGCAGAUCAAAACCCUGAAUCUGCUUACACGUCGGAACAAGGCAGCGCUGUAAAGGGGGAGCUUGAUUCUUUGGCGGCUAAUCCCCCGCCAACGCCAACCACUGAGCCCAUUCCCAACGGCGGGUGGAAAGCAUGGCUUCAGGUCUUUGGAGCGCAUCUGCUCUUCUUUAACUCUUGGGGCAUCAUCAACACAUUCGGUGCCUCCCAGGCUUACUACGAAAGCGGCCUGCUACGCUCGCACUCCGGCUACCAAAUCUCAUGGAUUUGCACUUUUCAGGGCUUCCUUCUGAUCCUGUUCAAUUCAGUGGCGGGAUUAUAUUUUUUGCCACAAAUGGUGUUUGCUGGUGCCGUUGCAUUUGCUAGCAUUGUCGACAUGAAGAGGAGAUCGAAGCCCUGGUAG